AUGUGGGACCCUACGGCGUCAAGAAUCUACAUACACCUUGCUCGAGCCCAUAUACUGGUGGGUCGGGCAGUGUAUGGAGACGUCCAGAAGGAGGUUAGCACGUGUGUGGUCUGCGACCGCAUCAAGGCCACCUUCCGAGCGCUCCUUCUUGAGAUGUACAUCGAGCACUGCAUCACGUCCAGCUCGACCAUGCCCAAUCCAACGGCUUCAAUGGAUGAGAGGAUCGUCCAGAUGUUCAAGAAGGCACUGCGCAAAUACUGCGUGCUGUACGACCACGACCACUGGGACGAAUUCCUCCCCUGGAUUGCGAUGGGGUACCGGUUCAGCCGACACCACUCGCUGGGGGAAUACUCCCUCUACUACUUGCUCUAUGGCAGCCACCCUAUCAACUUGGACUUGCCCCUGCUCAGCGCGCAGAUUCCGCGAGAUUGCGCUCUGCUGUUCAAGGAGGCUAUGCCCCUGGCAUUCAACGACCUCGCCAUUGCCUAG